GAGAGAGAGAGAGAGAGAGAGAGAGAGAGAGAGAGAGAGAGAGCGAGAGAGAGAGAGAGAGAGAGAGAGAGAGAGAGAGAGAGAGAGAGAGAGAGAGAGAGAGCGAGAGAGAGCGAGAGAGAGAGAGCGAGAGAGAGCGAGAGAGAGAGAGAGAGAGAGAGAGAGAGAGAGAGAGAGAGAGAGAGAGAGAGAGAGAGAGAGAGAGAGAGAGAGAGAGAUAAACUGAAGGGAACUGGGAUCAAAAGUUAGAGGUUACAGGAAGAGGGAGAGCGAGAGCGAGAGCGAGAGAGAUAUAGAUAUAAAGGUCAACUAAAGGUAACUGGGAUCAAACGUCAGAGAGGUGACUGUUACAUCAACAGGAUAGUUGACUGACUGAACGAGCAACAUGUCUAAACCAUCGUCCAACGUCAAAGCCCUGCAGGCAAAUCUAAAUAUUCCGAUGGGAGCGCUGCGUCCAGGGGCGGGACAUCCUGUCAAGAGGAGAGAGGAGACUGUAGACACAGAGGAGGCUCCACCCCCAGACCCCCUGCAGGAAGCCACGGCCCUGUCGCCAGAGGAGAAGAAGCCAUUGCCAGGAUCCACGAAGCUUCCUGGUCCAGCAGUCAACCUAUCAGAGCUGCAGAACGUCAAGAGUGAACUACGAUGGGUCACCAAGGACUAACACACACUGCUGUGUCUCCCAACUUGUCCUCCAGUACUGAAUCAGGUGUGCUUGUCCAGGGAUACAAUAACAUGUGUACUGUUGGGGAUACUCGAGGAGUACUACAGGUUUCUCAUCAGAUCCACACCCACCCUGCAUAUUCUACUGAUGAACUACAACUACCAGAUCCACCCCGCAUCUUCUACUGAUGGACUACAAGAUACACCCUGCAUCUUCUACUGAUGGACUACAACUACCAGAUCCACCCUGCAUCUUCUACUGAUGGACUACAACUACCAGAUCCACACUGCAUCUUCUACUGAUGAACUACAACUACCAGAUCCACCCUGCAUCUUCUACUGAUGGACUACAACUACCAGAUACACCCUGCAUCUUCUACUGAUGGACUACAACUACCAGAUCCACCCUGCAUCUUCUACUGAUGGACUACAACUACCAGAUCCACCCUGCAUCUUCUACUGAUGGACUACAACUACCAGAUCCACCCCGCAUCUUCUACUGAUGGACUACAA